AUUAUAUAGAUAAGAUAGAAUAUGUUUAGUUGCGAAGAAAAUAUAAAAUAUUAUAGUCGGUAUAGAACGGAGAGUUAUAUUAAAUAGAUUGAAUCAUCCCUCAUGAAACAGUCAGAAACCUGUAAUCAACCCUCUGUGUAGUUAACCCGAAGCGAGUAUAGAAAACGCGUGUAACUUCAGCUGCGGCAAUUCACCACCUGCUAGUAGGCAACUGUCAGCCUGUCAGCGAUAGCGUGCAGUAAAACGAACCAGCGACUGAAAUUGUUUUUCGCUUCGCGAGACAUUAUCACGGUGAAGAAAUCCGAGCCGCGAAAUAGUUCGUCGAAUAUUUUACAAAAUACUUAAGAGAGAGAUAGAAAGAGAUGCUUCGAGCACGUUCGCAAAGCAGUUUGUACGAGCAGGAAGCAAAGUUUGUACAAGAUCGCAUAACGGGCGUAGAAAAACACUUCGCCGAAUUGUGCACAAUAUUUGCGGCAUUCACCAGAAAAGCUGCCAGAUUGCGUGAUAAAAGCGAUGAGCUGGCUAAAAUAAUACAAACUUAUGCAGAUUCGGAAAUCAUCAAUCGAUCGCUGAGCACCGGGCUCGCAAAUUUUUCCGCAACGUUAUCAGUCAUCGGUGAUUAUAGAGAUGCGGAAGUACAAAGAUUGGAUGCCAAGGUGAUUGUACCUCUUUCACAAUACGCAACGAUUUGCAAGCAUGCUCGCGAGGAUGUGAAAAACACUUUUGCAGCACGCGAUAGAGAACUUACGAGACGAAGACACCUGGACAAGAUUCGAGAAAGAAAUCCCAGGAACCGCCAAAUGAUAUCGCAAGCCGAAUCGGAGUUGACGAAAGCAUCCAUCGAAGUAUCCCGAGUGGUAAAAGGAUUGGAGGAACAGAUCGACUCGUUUGAACGACGAAAGUUGCACGAUUUGAAGUCCGUACUAUUAGAUUUUGUCACCGUCGAAUUAAGCUAUCACACAAAGGCUCUUGAGCUUUUGACUAAAGCAUACCAAGAUGUUACAGCUAUUGACGAAAUCAAAGAUAUUGAGGACUUUCAAAAUGCGAGAGGAGAGAUGAAUGGGGAAUUUCGAGAAACAAUGAGAGUUCCUGAUUCUGUCGCAAGAUUAGAUACGGUGGGCAGAACUUCGUUUCGACAGGCUUACUCGUUAACGAAUUUGGCCACUCGAUUCGCAUCCUCGCCCAUGGCAUCGCAGAAAUCGGCUAAUCGAGGAACCGAAUCUGCGGAUUCCAUACGCACCGCAUUCACAAACUCUUCCGAGUCGGUUCAAGUCGAAGAAUAUCCAGACAGCACAGAGGAAACGGAAUCGGAAUCGAUUCAAGAGAAGCCUAAAAAAGUUUCGAAACGUGUCGGAUACAAAGUAAAGAAACACUACAUUCUCAGACCCGUUCCAGCGAUUCCUACAUGUCAAAAGUCUUUAAUGUCGUCUAUAAUAUACCGCGUACCUUACAGACUGAACAAGACAAAGUGAACAUUUUUCUCUUGAAGAAUGCGUAUUUAUACCUUUCGUGUCAGUUUAAAAUGUAGAUGCACAACAUCGUUUUUAAUAAAACAAGAGUAAGAUAAAGAUGACAUAAAAAAAUAUUUUCUCGCAUUCUAUUGAAGCUGCAUAUCUAAUCGUUAGGUCAGUUUAGUCGGUAUCUCGGUUGGCUGUACGAGAAUUCCUUGAAAAUAACAAAAAACAUUUUUAAAAAAGUGUAAGUUUAUUUUUUGUAUUGUAACCAAAGGAUGGGCGUCUCACUAUCAGUAUACAUGUUUGUUCCGUGAAAAUAAGUAUGGCUGGUACUUUAGAUAAGUCGUUCCGUAUAGAUCAGUACAUUGAGGAAAGAAUGAGCUUAUUUAUCACCUCCUUCGACCCCUGCUUGCGUCAUUAAGUCCGCGAUAUUUUUUUCCAAAUCGUCUAUUCUAUUGCCCAUUUCAUCUAGUAUUUCUUAUUAAGGAAUAAUAAGAUUUUAUAUCAUUGUAGCAACUACUAAUAUUAAUACUACAAAUAAAUAUAUUAACUUAGGUAA